UCAUGAUGUCUGCAGUCUUCACAGAAGCUCUGCCCAUCGACUGAUCUAACGAUGUGCGGACCGGUUAUAUAGUUCUAUCGAUUUCAUAUUCUCACUUGUGACGACUAAACACUCGUCAUUGAUGUAAACUUUAGAUUCUAAAGGAUAUCUCGGCACAUGACUCAAAAGUUCCCCUCAACCUGUUCUGAUUUGUAUUGUCUCGGACCUCUGGGUAUGGAGGUGGCCGAGAGUCCCCCUGUGGUCAAGGGUGCUCUCAUACGCUGGCGCUGGAGAAAAGUCCUCAAAGAUCACAGCAGCAUAAAUGAUUUUCGUCCUCUCCUACUGAAGAAGAAUGAAACUCCGUUCAAAAAGAGCCUGGAAGUUAUUAAAUCUCAGAAGCCACCACAUGAGUCCAUCCACAGUUCAAAUUUAGGAGAGACUAGGCACAAGGCAUGUGUGAAAAAUGUGCCAUGUGCUGGCCGAGCUCUCCGGAAUGCUUGCCUAUCCACUGGCCAGGAUAACUGGAAAGCACAUAUUAAACUGGCAAGAAUCAUCAGGAGGACAUAUAUCGGUCUGGAGCUGGUGGAAUGGCUGAUGGAUCACUGUGAAUUUAUACAGAACAGGGCAAUAGCUUCCAGAAUCUGGAACAUUCUCCUGGACUUGGGCAUUUUGCUCUCAGUGGAGCAGCAGGACGGAUUCAAGGACUCUAGCUCUUUGUACCAGUUCAAUUUUGAAGAAUGUGAGGCUCAGAGCUGUGAUUUCAGAAACCAGUCCAACUGGCAGAGUGCAGUGCGUCUGCUCCUGCAACAGCUGCCUCACGUUCAGCUCCGAACUGGAACCCACAGAAGCUGUACAGAAAACACACCGAAAACCUCUGAUGUUUGUAAUUCAGUUCUUCAAAUGAGAGCAUUGGAGCAUCUCACCUCAACGGUGCAGAAUGAACUUCUUGUGGCUCUGGCUCGCAAGGCAAGGACUAAAUCAAUGAUCGAGACGAGCAGUCCAGAGCACAAUACAGACACCCCACUACCUUCUCCAAGUUCUGCUGACCUCAAGCCCCAUGGUGACGCAGCAGUCCGUGUGUGUGAGCGAGAGCAGACCCACGAGGUGCUGCUUCCUCAGAGGACAACGUCACCGAGAUCUCCCCCCUCCCUCAUCUCUUCCUCUUCAACCAGGAGGUAUGCCGCGGUGCCCGCCACCCCUGAGAAAGUUCUGGAGCUCCUGCUGGGCCACCUGAGGCUGGACGGAGAGCAGAGGAGCCCGCAGUGCACAGAGAGAGAGAGUCUGUUGGAUGACUUCCUGCUCACAUACCCUGUGUUCAUGUCCACCAGUGACCUGUGCCAAGCAUUACUUGCACACUAUUGUUUAAAGAAAGGACAAAUGAAAGAAGAAGGGAGUGAGACUCUGCUCAGGAAGCGAAAAGUGCUGCACCUGCUCUCCCAGUGGAGCUUGCUGUGCACAGACCUGCCGCAGGAUGACGAGCACGCCAAACUCUUCCUCAAGACCCUGUACAGAUAUGUUCUAGAUGAUCUUUAUGAGUUCCCCUUCCUGGAAAAAGAUCUCAAAGAACUUCAGAAACUUCUGCGGAUGCAACGCAGACACACUGUAGAUGAGUACUCACCACAAAGCAAGAAUAAAACUCUCGUCCAUCAGUUGAGUCUGAAGGAGAGCUGGCACCCCAUGAGAGGAGCUCAAAGGGAGAGAAAGGAAGUGCUGUGCCGUGUGUACGUGACCAUAGACUCAUACGUGAGUGUAAAGACACACAGCGAAGUGAGUGUGCAGGAACUGCUGGGGACUGUGGCAGAAAGGCUUGACUGCCCUGAGGAUGACAUGGUGCUUGUCGCUGUCACGUAUACUGGAGAUAAGGUUCUGCUUCAGUCUGAUCAGUGUGUAUUCUCGGCUUCGCUCAGUGCUGCUGACAGGCUGCACAUUUGCAGAAGAGACCUGACUGAGAUCAUGAGUCUCUUCACUGAUAACGGUCAGCUGCAGCAGCGGUCAGUGAAGAUGCUGAGCAUGAACACGUGGGAUGUAGCUGUAUCACUCACCAACUGUGACUGGAGUCUCUUCAGUAAUGUCCAUGAGCAAGAGCUGGUGUAUUUUAUGCUGAGCCGCGAUUCAAGCACUAGCCACACGGUGGCGCUGGAGCAGCUGCUACAGCGCUGUAAUGAGACUCAGCAGUGGGUGAUGACUGAAGUGCUUCUGUGUCCGACCCUCUGCAAACGUGUGCAGCUCUUCAAGAAAUUUAUCAAGAUCGCAGCUCACUGUAAAGCACAGAUGAACCUGAACUCAUUUUUUGCUAUCAUUAUGGGAUUGAACAGUCCAGCUGUCAGUCGACUCACUCAGACUUGGGAGAAAGUCCCUGGGAAGUUCAGGAAGCUGUUCUCCGAGCUGGAGAGCCUGACAGACCCUUCUUUAAACCACAAAGCCUACAGAGAUGCCUUCAGGAAGAUGAAAUCUCCCAAGAUCCCAUUCCUACCUCUGCUUCUGAAAGAUAUUACUUUUAUUCAUGAGGGCAACAAAACCUUUCUUGACAACCUGGUUAACUUUGAUAAGCUACACAUGAUAGCAGACACAGUGCGGAUCAUAAGGCAAUGUCGGACAGAUCCUAUGGGAAACACGCUGUCACAGAAGGACAGUGUAGAGGUGAGAACAUACAUCAACUACCUGCACGUCAUCGACAAUCAACAGAUCCUCUUUGAGCUCUCGCACAGACUGGAGCCCAGGACAUAGAACAACUCCACACAUGGGUCCCAAUCCACUACUGAAAGAGAGAAAGAUAUAACUGCAGGCAGAGCUCCAAAAAGUGGUGGAAGCUCCAAACUGGCUGCAAAGAUUUAGUGAGACCCUAACCAAACUCUUUCCCUAACCGUAACCGUGAGUGGAAGUGACACCCCCUUUUGGAGAUCUCCGGCCUACAUCUAUACCUACUUGAAAGAGAGGACAAAAUGCUCCCUCUGACUGAAGCUGUGAUUAUAAAGUCAUCCUCUAGGGGCGACACACCCACAUCAACCUCAAAGACCAGAGGCAGAGAGAAUCGCACAACCAAAUAAAUCUAUCUCUCUGCAAGUAAUAGUACACAAGUACAUAGGUAAAAGGUAUAGUUCACCCCAAAUUGGAGAUGUGUUUAUCAUGUACUCACCCUCAUGUUGUUCCAAACCUGUAUGACUUUUUCUGCACAGAAGAAAUAAAGUCAUACAGGUUUGGAACAACAUGAGGCUGAUUAAAUGAUUACAGCACUUACAUUUUUGGGUGAGCUAUCCCUUUAAUUUAUGUGAAGAAACUGAAUCAUGCAAAACUGUGAUAUGUAAAAUUGGCUUCUGAAAGAGCAAGACCUCUGCAGAACAGCUACAACAGGUAUGAACGAUUACAAUUAUCCAGUAUUCUAUAAGUUACAGUAAAAACACAUCAUGUUGGGAUUCCAGAUGGUGUUUUGUACAGUGCUUUUUAACUCAGUCAUUUAGAAAAGAAUGUUAGUAUUUUGAUCCGGUCCAAAAACUGUAAAAAAACAAAAAAAGUAAUUUUUUUGCAUAUACACAUAUGGGAAAAUCAUGGGCACCUACUCAAUAUUUGAGCUACAUGCACAAAUCACAAAACAAUGUAAUUCUAACUAUUUGUAGACAAUCAGAAAAAUAUGCCAAUCCAGCACACUGUAUUUAGGUACAGCAUUGCUACCACAAGCAAUAGUAGAAGUCUAGAAUUAAAACAGUGGUGAUCUUUGCUGGACUUUACUAAUAACAAACUAUAAGAACAUCUUAAAUCAAACCUUGAAAUAAUACUUAUCUUAAAAAUAAAUCCUGUGCUGUAGGGCAAAGGUUUUCAAACUGAUGUCUUGCUAGUGGGUCCGUGGGGAAAAAAAAAUAAAAAUGUAAACAUGUAAAAAUGUAACAAAUGAAAAAGAUAAAAGUUUGACAGUACCGAAUUUGACACUGUUACUGUUUCAUUCUGCUUUCUAAAGACUGGUUGGAAAUCAGGAGAUUUUUAUGAUUAUUUUAUUUUGUUGACAACCCUAGUUUUAACUAUUAGAUCUAAUAAUAAUAACAAAAUCUGCAUAUAGGUUUGUGUUAAAAAUAUUUAUUGAACCUUUAGCAGUCACCUUUAGCUUGCUCACUGGGUGUUAUUAGACCAUUAUUUCAGUAAAGGUGCUCUGGAAUAAUAUGUAUUGUGAAAGCGCUAUAAAAUACAUUUGAAUUUAAUUGAAAAAGUUUCUCGUAAAGGAAUAUUCCAGGUUAAGCUCCAUUAACAGCAUUUGUGGCAAAAUAUUGUCAAUUGGUAAUAUUACCAAUAAUUACCAUAAAAAAAAUCCCACCUUUCCCCCCCUUUUCUUUAAAAUAAAAAAAAAUUACAAAUCGAUUGGCCUCAUUCACUUCAUUGUAAGUUCCACAGUGGAACCCAGAUUUAUUUUUUUAUUUACUUUUAAAUAAAAAGACGGAGAAGUCCAAAAUAAUUUUUUGUGGUAAUAAAUAUUAUGCCACAAAUGCUAUGGAUUGAGCUUAACUUGUAUUGAACCAGGAAAUGUUCCUUUCAGGCAUCUACACAGUUUACCCCUGCUGUAGGGAACCCAGAGUCUUGUAAUUGGUUUUAAUGUGUUGGUUUACAUGCUUGAUCAGGUUCACUGUAUUGCAAUUCUGUUAGAACUUAGUUUGCAGACAAUUAUAGAAAUAAUUAAACAAAACUUCAGGACUUUAUUGGAGAAGCCAAACUGCUUUACCCCUGAGAGAGCUCAGAAAAAAUGCAAGUGUAUAGAUUUUGUUGUACAGUGUAUAGUUGUACUUGUGAGACAUAUUUAUUAGACAAUAGAUGUUUCCUGAUUCAGUGGGGAAUAAGACACAUCAGUUGUAAACACAAAGAAAAGAUGUAAUGUUGUACUGUAAAUGUGAUUAGAUGGACUGAAACAGUGACGUGCACAGACCUUAACAGGGACUGGGUCGGAAGGAUAAUUUUUUUUUUAAUAAGUUGUAAUUGUAUAUACUUAACUAAUUUAUUUGCUUUUUGAGCAUUUAACAAUUUUCUUCUAUAUGUAGCCUACUGAAUACUGUACAUACUUUUCCCCCACCUUUCCUUUAUCACAAAUAAUAGCCUAUUCUGUUAUAUUUCUCACAAAAAGCACCAUGGUAAUACACUUGUUUAUUUAUUUUCAGACAUGGUCUAUGAUAACCCCAUGUUUAUGACGUGUCAUAGUAAAACCAUGCUUUAUUUAAAUGAACUUGAAGUGCCAUGACAGUAUCAUGAAAUAUGAACAUUGUCAAUCAGUUUCUUGUCUCAUCACUCUUUUCACUUUCUCUUGUUUCUAAUCCCUCACUGCAUACUGUCAUCUCUGCUGCAUCAUCGGACACUUCUUAUAUUACUUUCUCUUCAUUUCUUUUAAUAUUCAUAUAAUGUUAUUUUACUGUAUUCUGUCAUUCAUAUGUAUACAUAUACAGGACCUUAACCCAAUAAUAUGGCUGAACCAUGGUACAAUAAUGGUGUCAAUAUGGUACCAUGGAUAUUAUUGGUUAUCAUGGUAGUCUACAAGUGUUUAGUCUAAUGGCUUAUUUGUUUCAACAAAACCAAACUGGCUUUGAUUUAACCAGAGAGCUCCUUCAGUUUAUGUCAAUAUUCUAUAAAAGACUAAUUUAAUUUAUAUCACUGAAAGUGACACGACCAGAUCCAUUAUAAUUAAUAAAUCUGUCUAAACUGAGGUGCGUGAUGUCAGAAAUACAGUAUUCGAGUAUUAAUCUUUUGAUGAACUUACAACACAAAACAUGGAGUGAACUUUUUGUCUGACCCGUUUCUCGUCUGAGGUAAUGGCUCUUUGAUGCUCUGCCCCCGUUCUGUGCACGUCACAGGUCUGAAGGAUUUGGCAACGCCAUUGAUUGACCAGUCUGAUUGUUAAUACAUGUGCGGUUCACAUGUAAACUCUGUAAAUACACAAAGAUGGAUUUUUAAUAAAUAAUAAGAAACAGGCCAUAAAGAAAUUGCAAGGUGUGCAUCUCACCUUCAGAAACAUUUUUUGUUAGCAGUGACUGGCUGUAGCUGUUUUUUGCACUUUUCUUUGUCAAGAGCCUGACAUUAAAGAAAAAUAUUCUUUGCCACUGUUUCUUUUUCCUUUGUGUGCCUAGUGACAAUAAAAGCUAUCA